UUCCUUCCCGUUCCAGCCCGCCAAAGAGAUUCCAGCGUGACGCCAGCGUUCACGCCCCUCUCCCCCGUGCCAGCCAGCCGCCAGAGGAGGAGGGGGAAAGUGGAUCGACGAUGAUGUGGGGGCUCGCAGCCGCCGUCGCGUCCGCGGCCGCCGUCGCCGUGGCCUCCGGCGCCGAGCUCCUAGCGUGCGAGGACCGCGCCCCGACGGCGCCGGCGACCGCCCUCGCCGUCGUCGGCAGAUGCGACCGGUUCCUCCUCCGGCAGCAGGGAUCCUCGUCGUCGGGCGGCCGGGACGACAGGUUCGCGCCGAGGUUCGACGGGCUGCGGUUCAUCGAGACGCUCGUCACGGCGCACCGCUGAAAUCGCCGGUGGACCGACCCUUCAUCGGCCGGGUGACACCCACAUACUACUAUAAUCGACCCUGUUUCUUAACGGAUUCUUUUCGUAUCAUCCUCUUCGUGCGAUGCGAUUCGCGAGAAGAGGCUAGCUGCUACACUGUCUAAUUCGGCGACUGGCGGCGAACAUGUUGCCAUAAUUUUGCUAGGACAAACUGAGGCUUUUGAUUUCUUCUUCUUUUUCCUGAUUGUUGAGUGGGGCGGUUGAAUUGGAACCUUCAGGUAUCAUGUGAUGAGUCUAUUACUAGUUCUGUACCUGAUUUGUUGUGUGAUA